CCUUCUCAUCCAUCACCGGUCGCAUUCCCAAUUACCAACCGACAUUCGUUAUUCCAUUUUGCACAAUCGCAAUUUUUUUUUAAUACUACCAUUUUAAUUUAAUUCGUCCAUCGCGAUUAAUCACUUGCCAAAAUGUCCACCACCGUCACCUCCUCCGCCGCGGCCGCCGGCGCCAGCACCGCCUGUGCCGCCCAGCUCUACAACCAGCCCAACCAGGACAACACAUGCGCGCUCCGCUACACGGAUCGUUACCUCCCCAUGAUGGAGAAGUGCUGUGGCGACGCAAAGAUUGUUAGCUACUACGACGACUGCGGUAUCUACUGUGUCGCCCUCGACCAGACCAUCGACGACCUCAGCAGCUGCCUCUUCAAAGCGGGUGCCGCCGACGCCGACGUCUUCUGCAGCGGAAACAACAAGACCACAAUGACAAAGGACGCCGAGGUCCCCGCCACCGCCCAGGCGAGCGUUGUUUCCAGCAAUGACGAUGAUGAUAAGGAUGGUGAUGACAAGGAUAGCUCUUCUGCUGCUUCCACUGGCACAGCUACCGGCACUGCUUCUUCAAGCAGCGAGACUUCCUCCGAGACUGGUAACGCUGCGCCUUCUUUGGCACCCAAGAGCGGAAUGAACACCGUCGGCCUUGCUGUCGGUGCUCUUCUCUUUUCCUCUUUCGCUGCUGGUAUUUUCCAGCUGUAAGCGAUCCAUCCAUCGGGGUUGCGUCUUUUCUCUGCGGUUUCCAUCAUUCUACAAGUCAAUAAUUAGGAAGGGGGUUUCUGAAGUUAUGUAUACACGCACAGUUGGCGAUAAAACAAUUGGACAUUUUUAUUUUAAUACGUAUUUAAUUGAUGUUGUC